UCACAUAAAAUCGAUUAUACUUUCAAGAAUCUUGUGAAAAUACUAUUAGCAGACCGUAAUGGCACCAAAGCCAGAGAAGAAGCCAGCGGAAAAGAAGCCAGCAGAGAAGAAGCCUGCAGAGGAAAAGAAGGCGGCGGAGAAGGCCCCUGCCGAGAAGAAGCCCAGAGCAGAAAAGAAGCUCCCGAAGGAGGCUGCUGGCGAGAAAAAGAAGAAGAGAUCGAAGAAGAGUGUAGAGACUUACAAGAUCUACAUCUUCAAGGUGCUGAAGCAGGUGCAUCCGGACAUUGGGAUCUCGAGCAAAGCCAUGGGAAUCAUGAACAGCUUCAUCAAUGACAUAUUCGAGAAGCUAGCUCAGGAAUCUUCUCGUCUGGCCAGGUACAACAAGAAGCCCACAAUCACUUCCAGGGAGAUUCAGACUGCUGUUAGGCUAGUACUUCCGGGUGAACUCGCGAAGCACGCUGUUUCUGAGGGUACAAAGGCUGUUACCAAAUUCACAAGCUCUUAGAUUUACUGUAGGGUUUUUGGUUGAAUUUUGGUGGUUGACAACUGGUUGUAAAGUCUAGUAUUUCUUUUAUUUUUUUUUCUUCUAGGUUAUGAAAACGUCCAAUUAUGCUAUCUCAAUGGUUUGAAGGAAUUUGCUGGACUGAGUGGGUAUCAUAUGUAAUUUUUAGUUCCAGUUGUGUUUCGAUUGAUUGCUAUAAUUCCACGUAUAUGUCAUAGUUUUCGUUUCAGAAAGUGAUAUUUCCCAGUCAUAUCUGGAUUUCUCA